UUCUCUCUUCCGGGUGUUUUCGGUCGGCUGGACGGUGGCAACGAACAGCUCCCUUCGAGCGUUAAAUAUCUAACUUUUAGCCAAAAUGAAUCGCAUAUUCGGCUCCGGAAAGCCCAAGGGUCCCCCUCCGAACCUUUCGGACUGCAUAGGAAACGUUGAUUCUCGGGCCGAGUCCAUCGACAAAAAGAUCUCUAGACUAGAUGCUGAGCUUGCGAAAUACAGGGAUCAGAUGAAAAAGAUGAGAGACGGACCAUCGAAGAACAUGGUCAAGCAGAAGGCUAUGAGAGUUCUGAAGCAGAAGAGAAUGUAUGAGGGCCAGAGAGACAACCUCAUGCAGCAGUCGUUCAACAUGGAACAAGCCAACUACACAAUCCAAAACCUUAAAGACACUAAAACCACGGUUGAUGCCAUGAAGACCGGCCUCAAAGACAUGAAGAAAGCAUACAAGAACGUGAACAUUGACAAGAUUGAGAAUAUCCAAGAUCAGCUGGAGGACAUGAUGGAGGAUGCCAAUGAAAUCCAGGAGUCGCUGAGCAGAAGCUACGGCACCCCUGACAUUGAUGAAGACGACUUGGAAGCAGAGCUGGAUGCUUUGGGAGAUGAGUUCCUCAUGGAUGAUGACAGCUCCUACCUGGAUGAGGCUUCAUCAGCUCCUUCCAUCCCAGAGGGCCUGCCUGGAGACAAGUCGACCAACAGGGAUGGUGUUCUGGUUGACGAGUUCGGCCUUCCUCAGAUUCCUGCUACAUAAAGGAGCGAUCAAAACACUCACUCAAGUUUUACAUGUAUCAUAGCCUUUUUUCUAUUUAUCCAACUGACACUCCCAGCCUUAGAGUGAGAAUUUUUAUAAUUAGAGCUGCAAUGAUUAAUCGAUUCAUCAGUCUAAAGAUAAUUUCCAACUAUCUUGACAAUCAGUUAAUCCUUUCAGUCAGUUUUUUCAAGUAAAGAUAUCAAACAUUUGCCGCUUCCAGAUUCUUAAAUGUAAGGAUUUACUGCUUUUCUUUGUCUUUCAUAAUGGUGAUGAGGAGUCUUUGGGUUUUUGACUGUUUGUUGGACAAAAGAAGCCAUAUAAAUAUCUCAGUUUAAGCAUUUAUUUUGGACAUGAGCGUUGCAAUAAUCAGGAACAUAUGAAUGAUAAUAAAGUUGCAGUCCUUAUUGAAAAUCAAAGCUUCUUCUCUCCAACAAAUGAUGGAAACUUUCACCUCAAACCAGGCAUCUUUAAUUAAAAUCUCUAGUUAUUAUUCUCUGAAAAUCAUAUGUAUCUUUGGUGAAUGAUCAUCUUAUACUAACUUUGUACAGUUUCUGCAGGGAUGGUUUGCCAAAAACAAAAUAAAUUAUAUUUUUCAAACAAUA